AUGGAUCUCCAAAAUUACCAACAAAAAAUGCAGAAAAUCGAGGAAUACUGCCCCAGUUUCAGCAGCUACUCGUCAGAUAGAUUAGCCGAGAUCGCCGCUAGAACGGUAGAUGAAUUUAAGCGAGAGAGUUCUGUGCCUGUUGAAUUUAUCGCGGAGGAGGCCGAUGACGAGGAGGAUUUUGAGUUCUCUUUGGUUCCGGAACAUUCAGAAGCUUUCGCCGAUGAGUGCUUUUAUGACGGUCAAAUUGGUUCCGUUUUCCCCGUUUUCAACCGCAAGCUUUUGUUAGAUGCGGAGCAGGAUCAAGGAGAUGAAGGUAAGGAGGAGGAAUUGUGUGAUCGUGAUGUGGAUAGUUCGAUUCGGAUUCCGCUGAGGGAUUUGUUCCUACAAGGGAAGGAAGAUAAUGAUCUCGAACCGCAGUCGUCGUCAUCGUCAUCUGAAGUCGAUGAGUUGGAGAGUUUGCCGCCGGGAACGUACUGCGUGUGGCGUCCGAAAAGGAACGAGAACGAAUCGUUUCCGACUGAAUGUAAGAAGAGUAGCUCUACAGGAUCGUCAUCGAAGCGAUGGAAGCUUCGCGAUUUGUUGCGCCGGAUGAACAGUGACGUCAAUGACAGUUACGUAUUUUUGACUCCAAAAAAGGAAGAAAACUCGAAAUCCAAGGAAUCCGGCUUGGUAUUGAAGGUCACCGGGAAAACAAAGGUGAAGAAGGAUAAGGAGGCAGCACCGUCGUCGAUGGCCGCUCACGAGGCGUUUUACUUGCGCAAUAAAGCGGCCAAGGAAGGUGAGAAACGGAAAUCGUAUCUACCGUACCGGCGAGACUUGGUAGGCUUCUUUGCUAACGCCAACGCUGGGGGAUUUGUGAAAGAGUUUCCAUUCCAUUAA